AUGGCGAACGACGACGGCCUGGCAGGGACCGUGAUUGGGAUCGCAAGGUCCGGCAUCAAGCUCGCCGUGACUCUGCAUAAUUUCUCCGAGACCGUCACCACCGCCCGGAUCGAAAUCAAAGACCUCGCCAACAACGUCGCGUUGACCGCUUCGGUUUUGCACGAACUCGGAGUCAAGCUUGACCAGGACUAUGACGACGAGGAAGGGGAGCAUGUGUAUUCGAGUUCGGCCAUAGGCACGACACGCGAGGCCACCCGCGAGUGUGAGGCUGUCUUUCGCGAGAUUGAGACCAUCAUCGGCAAAGCAAUGCAGAGCGCCAGGGAGCGAGGCGUGAAGAAUGGAAAAGUGCCCGCUCUGUCGCCACUGGAGCGGUUAAAGUACCCGUUUCUCCUUCCCAAGGUCGACCUCCUCGCCACGAACCUGGAGCGUCUGAAAAGCACGCUGGUGCUAAUGUUGAACGUGUUGAGCUACGCUCGAGAAAUGAAGGCGGAGGGCGGUAACUCUCCCCAGCAGCAACAGGACGGCUAUCAGAAAUUACUCCUGGAGAACCUGGUCCGCGCCAACAAGGACGCCACGCGUAGAUACGAAGCAAUGCUCAAGGACCUGGGCGAAGAGACCGAAUCGUUUCCCGCUGAAAGCGCCCCUCAGUCACGGCCAGACUCCAAUGGCAGUGCCGCCGCGAGUGCCAGUCUUUCUCUCUCCAUGAUCAAAACUCCAGACUCGGAUGAUUCGUACGCCGACUCAAGCCCCCGAGCAAGGGCGGCGUCUACGAUCCAGGCCUGUCUCGACCGCCUCGAAAACGCACUCGUCAAAGUCGAACAGUCGUCGUCUGUUCUCCACCACUCAACGGGCAUCGUGGUGCGCGUCGAACUCGACAGGGACACACCCGCUCAACAAGGUCAACCUCAGAAACCACGCAUUUCAGUGUCUGUACUCCAGAAGCAGACUCGUCCACGACAGGACUCGUUACAGUCUCGCACAAGCACUUCUAGACCUAGACGAAACACCAAUGGUCUUAGUAGGAGCAAUACGUGGUAUUCGAAUCUUUGGAACUCGAUGCCCAGCCCUUACUCGGCCAUGAGUUCAAUCCAGCAAACCCUCGACAACACUGGUCUUUUCCUCGCGACAGAGCAAAUCACCGAAGACGCCAGCAACGUACUUAGCUACAAUCAAACCUCCAACAAUGGUGUAAACGGAGGAUACCAACCAUACUCGAACCGGUACGGGUCCAGCACAUAUGCGAAUCCAGCCGAUAAUGGCGACGAGAGUCCCGACUCCGACUCAGGACCUACACUGACCGACGCCAUCCGUGCCGUGUUGCCGGAUUCGCUGGUUUCAGGUCGCCGACCUGACCCAGCGUCCAGAAUAGGCGACAUCGAGAUGAACCCAGUCGCAGUACAAGCUCAGGGCGCCGACGCAUCACGGCCACUGAUGUCCGCGGACGCAAUCGAGCACACGCCGCGACUUGGACCACUCCCGGAAGUCCGCGUUGAACUAGACACUCCCUCUGCGUCUGCGUCUGCAUCGAUUUCCCGUCCUGCUCCCGCCGCUCUGGGUUCGGAGACGUCAAACAGACAAGCCAACCACGCUGCAGAGGGAAGCGGUGGAGGAGGAGGAGGAGGAGGAGGCGGUUGGUCCCCCGAGCAGGACGCGCGGAUGAAAGACAUCCUCUCAGCAAGCGUGCAGGCCGCCAUUGCGCAGGGUGAGAGCGAAGGCGCGAAGAUAGAACCACCACCGCCGCCGCCGACGACGACAAUGUCAUUGGCUAGUAAUCCAGAUCGGCGGUCCGCCGUGUCAAGCAGCGAUGCUGCUACUGCUACCGCGAUCGACGGACAGAAGUCCGAAGAAACGAUCGACGAAGAUGCAAUGGAAACCGUAGACCUCGACGACGGUGCCCAGAAGGGGCCAGAAAAUGGAAAAGGAGAGGGCAAGGGAAAGGGCAAGGCCAAAGCACCAUUGCAGUUGGCGACCACCACUGGCACCGGCCUGGGCGUACUCAUGGGCACGUCUGACGGCGCAGACGCCGUUGACCAAUUGUUGGGUGAAUGGACGACUUUGCGCGUCAACAGUGCCGGUACCAGUGGCGGUGGUGGUAGCGGUGGUGCCGGGGGCUCCUGA